AUGGCGGCGUCUCGCCUCGCCUGAGGCCUGGUCUGUGUCUGUGAGGCGGGAAGGAAGAGAACGGAGAGGCCGAGAGAGAGAGAGCAAACAGAGGAAUUGAUCAGCAGCUGAACAGACUGGAGAGAGAGAGAGAGAGAGAGAGAGAGAGGGGGGGUGUCUGGGGAGAACUGGCCCUGAUUUAGAGGAGUUGUAGGGACUGGGAUGUAUAGUUCACCUGCCAUCUAAGAACUGCACUCUGAACCCCACCAAUGAUGGACCUGGAACUCACUUGGCACACAGGCCCAACACGGCCAACUUUGCAUACUGAUGGGGUUUGGGGGCGAUUGACCUCGACUUCCAAGAGUUAUAGUUCACCCAUAUUGGAAUGUAUAGUUCACCAACAAUCAAUGAGGACUCUGAACUCCACCAACAAUUGACCUGGAACUAACUUGGCAAACAGAACCCCCAUGACCAGCAAAAAAUACUGGAGGUCUUUGGGGGGAAUUCACCUUGAUUUGGGGGAGUUGUAGUUCACCUGCAUCCAGAGAGGACUGUGAACCCAAACACGGAUGGAUCUUGACCAGACUUGGCACACGGACCUGAUAUGCCGAGAUGUGAUUACUGGAGGGGUUUGGAGGGACUGAUCUUCCUUUCUGGGAGUUGUAGUUCACCCACAACCACGGAAACUGCGACCUCCACAGAUGAUGGAUCUGGACCACACUUGGCACAUGGAACCCCAUGUAACUCAACCUACUGGAGGAGUUGGAGGGGACAGACUCACCAUGGUGGGAGUUGUAGUUCACCCUACAGCCAGUAAGCACACUGGACCCCACUCGUGAUGCGUCAAGAGCUAACUUACCCAACAUACAAACUUGGAAGUAUUGAUGGAGUUUCUGGGGGUUAACUUGGCAUGAUGGGAGUUGUAGUUCACCCACAGUCUUAUGAGUUUUGGACAAUUAAAACACUGACUUUGUGAUCUUGCUGAAUUCCUACAUUCACUUUGGAUUAUAGAGCAGAACGGAAGAGUCGGAAGAGACUGCAGGAGGCACCCAAUCCAGGCCUCUGCCGUGCAAGGAAAGUGCAAAGGACCCCUGACAGAUGUGCAUCUGGCCUCUGGUUAAAGGAUUCCAGAGGAGCCUCCACUACAUUUUGAGGCAGAGAGUUUCACUGCCGAACAGCUCUUACAGUCAGGAAGUUCUUCUUAAUGUUCAGAUGGAAUCUACUUUCCUGUUAUUUGAACCUACUGCUGUGAGUGAUCAGAAAGGGAAAAACAAGAAUCAAGUGUCCAUAUUGGAAUUAAAUGUACAUAGCACAUAACUCUGUUGACAUGGAGGAGAAAGCAUAUAAAUGUAUCGAAUGUGGAAAGACGUUUAGUCAGCAUGGAAAACUGAAGACACAUCAAAGGACUCACUCUGGGGAGAAACCCUAUAACUGCCUGGAGUGUGGACAGAGCUUCACUCAGAAGGGACACUUACAUUCACAUCAAAGGACUCACACUGGGGAGAAACCCUAUAACUGCCUGGAGUGUGGACAGAGCUUCACUCAGAAGGGAAGCUUACAUUCACAUCAAAGGAUUCACACUGGGGAGAAACCCUAUACAUGCCUGGAGUGUGGACAGAACUUCACCCAUAGUUCAGGCCUAUGUUCACAUCAAAGGAUUCACACUGGGGAGAAACCCUAUAACUGCCUGGAGUGUGGACAGAGCUUUGCUCAGAAGGGAAGCUUACAUACACAUCAAAGGACUCACACUGGGGAGAAACCCUAUAAAUGCCUGGAGUGUGGACAGAGCUUCACUCAUAGUUCAGGCCUACGCAGACAUCAAAGGACUCACACUGGGGAGAAACCCUAUAAAUGCCUGGAGUGUGGACAAAGCUUUACUCGUAGUUCAGGCCUACGUAGACAUCAAAGGACUCACACUGUGGAUAAACCCUAUAACUGCCUGAAGUGUGGACAGAGCUUUACUCAGAAGGGACAAUUACAUUCACAUCAAAGGACUCACAGUGGGGAGAAACCCUAUAAUUGCCUUGAGUGCGGACAGAGCUUCAUUCAUAGUUCAGGACUACGUAGACAUCAAAGGACUCACACUGGAGAGAAACCCUAUAACUGCCUGGAGUGUGGACAGAGCUUCACUCAGAGUUCAGGCCUACGUAGACAUCAAAGGACUCACACUGGGGAGAAACCCUAUAACUGUCUGGAGUGUGGACAAAGCUUCACUCAUAGUUCAGGCCUACGUACACAUCAAAGGACUCACACUGGGGAGAAACCCUAUAACUGCCUGGAGUGUGGACAGAGCUUUGCUCAGAAGGGACACUUACAUUCACAUGAAAGGACUCACACUGGGGAGAAACCCUAUACAUGCCUUGAGUGUGGACAGAGCUUCACUCAUAGGUCAAAUCUACACUUACAUCAAAGGACUCACACUGGGGAGAAAACCUAUAAAUGCCUGGAGUGUGGACAGAGCUUUGCUCAGAGUGGAACUUUACGUUCACAUCAAAGGACUCACACUGGGGAGAAACCCUAUACAUGCCUUGAGUGUGGACAGAGCUUCACUCAUAGGUCAAAUCUACACUCACAUCAAAGGACUCACACUUGGGAGAAACCUUAUAAAUGCCUGGAGUGUGGACAGAGCUUUGCUCAGAGUGGAACUUUACGUUCACAUCAAAGGACUCACACUGGGGAGACACCGUAGAAAUGCAUGGAGUGUGGAUAGAGCCUUUCAUGGAAUAAGGUUAUACAUGGACAUCAUAGAAUUCAACCUGGAGAGAAUGAUGUUAAUUGACCCCAGAGUGUCAUUCUAACAUGUACAAAAGCAACUCUUGCACAUUUUGGAAAUUCAAGCUUAAAGUUGGGACAUUUCAUCACAUGUGGUGUAUUGUAGAAAGAUUGAACUAAAAUAUGUUCCAUUCUGGAAGUAAACAAGGUUACAUGAAACUAGAGUUUUAUAUGCUGAGAAUGUUGGAUGAUCAAUUAGAAUGAAGCAUGAGUAGUUACUGCGAGAUACUCAAGUAAGAAUUGACUGUACACAGGGAUGGAAGGAAUGUUUUAUUCCAAAGCAAAAACAAUGGCUUAUGAAGAUCUGCAAAUUAGCCACAACGAACAAACUGACAACAACAACAUGGGCAAAUGUCAGUUGUAAUAGGUAUUAAUUGGAAAAGUGUUAUAACAAAUAGAAGUGUUAUAUGAUAUUAUCUAAAGGGAGUAGAAUAAUGAGAGAUAAAAAUUAACAGAUAUAAUGAGGCUUUUAGGCACGUAUCCCUGUCUGUUUGUUAGUUCAGUUGUGUGUGUAGGUCACUGUUUUGCAAGUGUGUUAGUUUCUGAUUUAGUUUUGUAUCUCAUGUAGUAGUUAGUUUCAUGUUCAGUUGAAGCAUUAUAAAUUAUUUCUGCCUUCCUUGUAUUGUUACUUUUAAUUUUUUUAUUUUCAAAAAAUAGGGUGAUUUAUAAGGGUCAAAACGGCUGAAACUGGAGAGGAGGGUAGAAAUGGCUGACUUAUCGAUUUUCUGUAUUUGAAAACAAAUUGUAAUGCUUAGAACCGCUAUUAUGAAUUGUGGUGCAUGUUAACUAUAUAACUAUAUAAAAUGGAUUAUAGACAUAUAAUUGACACUGAAUCAGACAUGUAUACAAUAAAUUAGUCUUGAUGUAUCAAGGGUGUGUGUGUAAGGAACUGGAGUGUUUGUGUGGGUGCUUGUGAAGAACAGAAGAAACAGGCCUCAAAAGAAAAUGGAGUCCACGCAGAGUCUGACAUGGGAUGGACUUGGCGGGUGAAGCAAGGAAUCAGCAAGGCGUCUCUCACCUGGCAAGACGGAACGAGGGUCCAGGAAGGCCUAUCCGAAUAACCACGGGCAAUGAAGUGUGCAGCUGGCACCCCAUACGUCAUGCAGCCUGAGACUGAGCAUGUUUUGAAACCAGGCCGUAAGAACAGAAGGAACCGAAAGAAGGACGAAACUUUAGGCCAGAGGUCCUCAAACUUUUGAAGUGGAGGGCCGGUUCACGGUCCUUCAGACUAUUGGGGGGGCUGGACUAUGAAGAAAUAGUCCAAAAUUAGGAUUGUUGUUGUUGUGUGCCUUCAAGUCAUUUCAGACUUAGGACAACCCCAAGUCUAAAGCUUAGGACAGGGGCCAGGUCAAUGACCUUGGGGGCCGCAUCUGGCCCACGGGCCUUUGUUUGGGGACCCCUGCUUUAGCCUAUCAAAUGCAGGGGCCUCAAAGAUCCAGCACGCUUGCCGGAAUCGCCGAGACCACGUCUGUCGGGAGAACGUGAUCACCUCUUCCGAGCAGGGCCUGUGCUUGAGAAUAUGGAUGUGUGGAUCUGCGUGUGGGUGAGAGCUCUCUCGGGAUGUGAUUUUGAUAGGAUUGUGAUGUGAUUAUCAAUAAAUGUUACAAUGAAAGUGUUAAAACCAAA